UCAAAAUCAAAGAAAAGUCGCCGCUUACCAUAUGCAACGCGCACGAAGCUUACCAAAACUACCCCACGACUAUUCCAAUUCCCACAUCCAUUGGGCACCAUCUUGAAGGGCAGAGAAGUCAAUCCAUUCACCAAAGUGGGCGGCGGUGGUGGUGGUGGGCUGCAGUUGUGCGAAGAAAGUCUAUAAAUCUCGACAUUGAAUCUGAGAAAGCGAGGAAGAAAGACAGAAAGAUGGGCGAUUGCAGGCCAUUAGGGUUCUUGCUGGGGCUGCCAUUUGCGUUGGUUGCGUUGGUUUUAUCUGUUGUUGGGGCCGUAAUUUGGAUCAUCGGAUCUGUGCUGAGUUGCCUCUGCCCAUGUUGCGUGUGCUGUGCGGGGCUUGCGAAUCUGGCGAUGGGGCUUAUCAAGCUGCCGGUGAAGGUGCUCCGAUGGUUCACUCACCAAAUACCCUGUUAGUUCUGCUUCGGAUUUCGUUUUGAUUAUUGAUAUUGAUUAUUACAUCCAUUUCUUUGUCUGCUUAGAUCUUAGUUAUGUUUGUAUUGUAUUCCACAUGUUAUUAGAACAGAGCUCUGUAUUUAUGGAAAAUUCAUCCUUUGAUUCUUUAAUUUUCGUUUUGUUGACC